AUGAUUUAAUAAUAGAAAAACAAUUACAAGUGUAGGAUUCAUCCAGAAGAAAAUAUUUCCUUUUGUUGUCUCAAACCAAAUUGCUUUGAUGAUAGAAUGUUUUGCUUUAAAUGUUUGAAAUUAACAUAACAUCUCUAACACAUGGAUGCUGUUAAUAAAUUUGAAGAUGCUGAAAUAUUUAUCAACUAAUAAAUAAGAAAACUUAGAGAAGUUAUUGCAAUCACAAAAAAUCAGUUUAAACAAACGAAAGAAUCCUUUGAUAUUUUAAUUAAAGGAUUGGAAGAGAGAGUUUAUAGUUUUGAAGCAAAUAUGAAUCAAAUGGAUAUAUAUUAAAUCGAAGAAACACUAACGAUCUCAUUUUAAUUAGAAAAAGUAUAAUAGACAAUUCAAUAAUCCAUUGAAAAAUCUAUUUCUAAAAUAAGAAAAGAAAUAGAUGAUUUAUGUCAAAAUUGUUAAUUAAAUAUAUUUGUUUAGAAGAAUGAAAUAGUAUUACUUAGUAUUGGUAAAAAAAUUAAUAAUAAAUAAAUUAGCAAACUAUUUACUCAGUUAAUAGGAGCAUUAAAAGGCAAUCGAAUAUUAUGAUGAGUGCUUGAAAAUGAAUUCUAAAAAUGAAUAGGCUUUAUUUGGCAAAGGUAAGACCUACUUAAAUUUUAGGUGACUGCUUAAAAGUCAAACAAUAAUAUAUCAAGGCAUUAGAGUGUUUUGAAAAAGUUUCAUCAAUAAAUGAACAAGCGUAUAUUAAAUAAGGUAGAUAAGUCUUGAUUUUUUUAGGAGAAUGCUUACAGUAUUUAAACAGAUUUGAUUCUGCCAUUUAGGUUUAUUAAAAAGCUAUAUCAAUAAAUCCUUCUAACUUUUAUUCAUAAUUUAAUCUGGGUAAAUAUUAAAAUCAUUUAAGGUGCUUGCUUUUAAGAAACCAUGAAUUUUGCAGAAGCAAAAAAGUGUUUCUAAAAAGUUAUUGAUUUAAGCACUGAUGAUGAUUAUGUACUUCUUGCCAAAAGUAUUAUUUUAUGAAAUUUAGGCAAAUUAUUCUUUUAUUAAGGGUAAUUAGAUUAAACAAUAAAACUACUAAAUCAAAUUUUAGAAAAAUCUCCUAGGAAUUAUCAAGCUUAUCAUUUUUUAUGUAUAAUUAAAUAACCUAAUUUCAGUUGAAUGCUUAUAAGUUGUUGAGGAAAAAGAGGAAUUAUCAAAAAUGGUUGAAAAAAUGUUAGAAUUUUAUCCAGAAGAUCUAAAAGCAUUAUUUAUGAAAGGUAAUUUAUCUAUUUUAUCUUAAGCAAUUACAUUACUAAAUUUAUAAAAUUUUAUAGAAGCAUAAAAGAUUGUUGAAAAAAUAGGCGAAAAUGAUUCAGCUUAAUGGAUGGUUUAACAUUUGAAAGGUGUAUUAUUUGAAUGGUAUUUUUAGCAAUAUUUUUAUUAUUUGAAGAUCACUUAGAUAAAAGUUUAGAACUUCUUUAUUAAAAUUUAGCUAUAAAUCCAUAAAACACUUCCAUUUUGUUAUAAAUAGGUGAACUAUUUUUCAUGAUUUUAGGGUUAAUCUUAAUUUAGUUUAAAUAAUAUGAUUAAGCAGAGAAGUUCUAUAAUGAUAGGCUAACUAAAAAUCCAAAAGAUCUUCUAACUUUAUUCUUAAAAGGAUAAUUGUUANAAAAGGCAAUCGAAUAUUAUGAUGAGUGCUUGAAAAUGAAUUCUAAAAAUGAAUAGGCUUUAUUUGGCAAAGGUAAGACCUACUUAAAUUUUAGGUGACUGCUUAAAAGUCAAACAAUAAUAUAUCAAGGCAUUAGAGUGUUUUGAAAAAGUUUCAUCAAUAAAUGAACAAGCGUAUAUUAAAUAAGGUAGAUAAGUCUUGAUUUUUUUAGGAGAAUGCUUACAGUAUUUAAACAGAUUUGAUUCUGCCAUUUAGGUUUAUUAAAAAGCUAUAUCAAUAAAUCCUUCUAACUUUUAUUCAUAAUUUAAUCUGGGUAAAUAUUAAAAUCAUUUAAGGUGCUUGCUUUUAAGAAACCAUGAAUUUUGCAGAAGCAAAAAAGUGUUUCUAAAAAGUUAUUGAUUUAAGCACUGAUGAUGAUUAUGUACUUCUUGCCAAAAGUAUUAUUUUAUGAAAUUUAGGCAAAUUAUUCUUUUAUUAAGGGUAAUUAGAUUAAACAAUAAAACUACUAAAUCAAAUUUUAGAAAAAUCUCCUAGGAAUUAUCAAGCUUAUCAUUUUUUAUGUAUAAUUAAAUAACCUAAUUUCAGUUGAAUGCUUAUAAGUUGUUGAGGAAAAAGAGGAAUUAUCAAAAAUGGUUGAAAAAAUGUUAGAAUUUUAUCCAGAAGAUCUAAAAGCAUUAUUUAUGAAAGGUAAUUUAUCUAUUUUAUCUUAAGCAAUUACAUUACUAAAUUUAUAAAAUUUUAUAGAAGCAUAAAAGAUUGUUGAAAAAAUAGGCGAAAAUGAUUCAGCUUAAUGGAUGGUUUAACAUUUGAAAGGUGUAUUAUUUGAAUGGUAUUUUUAGCAAUAUUUUUAUUAUUUGAAGAUCACUUAGAUAAAAGUUUAGAACUUCUUUAUUAAAAUUUAGCUAUAAAUCCAUAAAACACUUCCAUUUUGUUAUAAAUAGGUGAACUAUUUUUCAUGAUUUUAGGGUUAAUCUUAAUUUAGUUUAAAUAAUAUGAUUAAGCAGAGAAGUUCUAUAAUGAUAGGCUAACUAAAAAUCCAAAAGAUCUUCUAACUUUAUUCUUAAAAGGAUAAUUGUUAUAUAAGUAAAAAAAAUAUGAUGAAGCAGUUUAAAUUUAUGAUUUUUACUUAUCAAUUGCCUAAGAGAAUUUUCAAAUUUCAUAUAUGAAAGGUCAUUUGUUAUUUUAAAUUUGUAGCUGAAUGUUUAAAAAAAUAGAAAAAAUACUCAGAAACGAUUGAAUUUUGUGAAAAAAUGCUUGAAAUAUAUCCAGAAAAUGAAAUAUUCAUUUAAAUUAGAAGUAGCACUAAUAAAAUAUAAAAGAUAAUGUUUUAGAAUUAGUGGUUGAUAACAAUGAAGAAAUUGAAAAGAAGGACAUAUAAUAAAGUGAAGAAGAAGAAAGUGAAGAAGAAGAAGAAUAAGAAGAAGAAGAAUAAGAAGAAGAGAUUGCUAAUUCAAAAAAAUGA